CUUUUCCGGUCAUGAGACUGUGCUUCGCGGUGCAUGCUGGGAAGUGUAUUUCCACGUCACUCACUCCCCCAUUUGUUCCUCUCGACUGGAGCUCAGGAUGGAACUCCACCUCCCACCGACACCGGCGCUACAACCCCUCAUUACUUCGUUUCCACAGUGAACCAGGCAGAAAUGUCAGAUUUGUUGCGUUUGUGUCAUCUAACCCGGGUCAGGUCCAGUUCUCGGGCUAUGUAGCGGACUCGUUUACUCUCGAAAAAGCGUAUUUGUGUCGUUGCAGCGGAUAUUUACGAUGGUUUCUGUCAACGGCUAGUUCCUAAGUUAGCUAGCAGAAGAUGGAAGCUAGUUCUGUAGCAUGGAUAACCCCUCUCUAACAUGAGCUGACUGAGUGUUAAUAAAUAACCCAGCUAGCAUCACAUGCUCUGCUAUAAACCCGCUUGUUAGCCAGCAAAGCAUAUCUUCAGAAGAAAAGAUGGAAGAAGUGGACAGAAUUUUGAUUCACGCCCUCAAACAAGUCGGCACAGAGGUGAGCGACGAGGUGGACAGUGUCAAACAGUUCACCAGUGAGCUGAUUGUGGAGGCGGUGGUCAGAUGUAUCCGGGUGAUAGACCCCGGCUUGGGCGGCGGGCUGCCCACCUCCCUCCCUCCAGGCAUGUCUGCCCGCUUCAGGGUGGGAAUGAGCCUCGCUCAGGCCUGUCAGGACAUUGGUUAUAAAGGAGAGAUCGGCUAUCAGACGUUUCUCUACAGCAACGAGCCUGAGAUCCGCUCGCUGCUCAUGUACUUGGUGGAAAAACUGCCCAGAGAAAGUGCAGAGACCUCAGACCAGCCAACAGGUAAAUCGGUGGUCCUUCAGAGAUCCAUCGCUGCUGCUAUCAAAGCCCAGCUGUCUGUGCCCUGGCUGCCUCCAAACUGCAGACUGCCACUGAACUGUGAAACACAAAGUCCAGGAGAACUGCACAGAUUCCACGUCCAGCCGCUGAGUUUAGCACACUGCACUAAAGGUUCAGGAAAGAAGCAGCUGAAAGAGGAGAAAGAAUACCAGCGGGACGUUCUUCCUCCUGUGACCGCCCAGCCUUCCCAUCAUGCCUCUGUGGUGGCGUCCAUCCUGGAGCAGCACACGGCUGAGCUGAGUGCUGCUCAGGAGUGGGACAACGAGUGGAACAGUCAGGGGCUCCUGUCCCGCCUCACACCUCAGGAGUAUCGCUCCAGGAAGCUGACCCGGCUGCGUAAACGCAUCGAGGAGCAGCUGCGUUCUGCUGCGCUGCCCUCUCCUGAAAGUGCCUUUGGUGGUCCCUGCUCCACGUCUGACCUGUCUGAGCUGCUGCAGGCCUUCAGAGGCUCCGCCCCCUCUGACCACAUCCUGACCAAGGGCACCCACUUCACCCACACACAGAAGUUCACCUUCACACAGGAGGCGGCACCAGUAACGAGCCCCCUCCCCACUGGGCCUCAGUCAGAGAGCGAGAUCCAGCUCCGUCAGCAGGAGGAGCUGACUUCUCUUCAGCAGCAGUUCCAGCAGCUCUGCAGUGAUGUCGACCAGCUCGCAGCAGACCUGAAGCACAUGAGUGUCACAAAUACACAGGUGUUGGAUGAGUUUAAGCAGAGAGAGCUGGGAAACUCAGAAAAAGGGGAGAAGAUGCAGGUGAAGAAGAAAACCAUCGACCUCCUGCCGGAAGCAGACGAGAACCUGCUGGAGCUUCAGGCCACGGUGGAGGCCAGUGCCAAGCGGGUGGUGAACCUGGCCGCUCAGUGGGAGAAACACCGCGCUCCGCUCAUCGACGAGCACCGCAGGCUCAAAGAAAUCUGCAGCAACCAGGAUCUGGAGUCGUCCAGGAAGUUGACGGAAAUCAAGUCGCUGCACGACAAAAUCCGCGUGUCCACAGAGGAGGCCAAGAAGAAGGAAGAAAUCUACAAACAGCUGGUUACAGAGUUAGAGAAUCUGCCUCAGGACGCGUCUCGGUCUGCGUACACUCAGAGGAUUCUCGAGAUCGUUGGCAACAUCAAGAAACAGAAAGAGGAAAUUACUAAGAUUUUAUCGGACACUAAAGAACUCCAGAAAGAAAUCAACAACCUGACGGGGAAACUGGACCGGACCUUCGCUGUGACCGAUGAGCUCGUUUUUAAGGACGCCAAAAAGGAUGAAUCCGUUCGCAAAUCCUACAAGUACCUGGCGGCCCUGCACGAAAACUGUAAUCAGCUGAUCCAAACCAUCGAGGACACCGGUACAAUCCUGAGGGAGAUCCGAGAUCUGGAGGAGCAGAUUGAGACGGAAAACGGCAAUAAGACGGUGGCCAACCUGGAGAGGAUUCUGGACGACUACAAGGCGAUCCGACAGGAGAACUCGGCGCUCGCUGCCAAAGUGAGAGAAGGCUGAAGGAAGCUCCGGUUCUCUCCGCUCCGCCUGCUGAGGCUGAACCCAAACCCCCGGAGCCGCAGACGGACCUGAAACAGCGCCGCAGUUUUCACACCUGAAGAUACAGCCGUUCAUUUAACACCAAACCCCUCUGACGGAGACCGAGCUGCUGUUUGAACUAACCUGGCCUUUCAAUGCACAAGCUGAGUGGAUGGAUGGAGAGGAUGUUCAUUUCAGACGGGCUGCUGUGGCUGGACUCGCUCCCCGACGGUCCUCAUGCUGGUUUUGAUCGCUCUGCACCCAAAUGAAAUACAACACUGGACAGCAGAGGGCGCUGUCGGCCCCUUUUUCUCUUCAAAUGUAAAAGUCAUUCAUAUCAAUGUAUAAAAUGUUUUCAUAAGAUAUUUCUUGAUUAAAUUUAAAUCUUUGAAUUUUUAAUACAGGAGUUAGUCCACAGUUUUCAGACAUUAGCGGUCCCUUUGUGGUCAUGAUUCUAUUUGAACUGAGUAUGAUGAGUGAAUGGCCUUUGAAUGUAAUCCAUUAACAAUGUCGUCCAACCCAUCAGCAGAGUAUUGUUGUAAAUAUGGUACCAGCUUCAAUAAAGAUGCCUUACAAACUUGAA